AUGGAUUCGAAAAUCGAGAAAGAACCCGAAAACGCGACGCGCAGAAGAGCGCAGACUGUCAGCUUCGGCUCGCUGGGUGAUUUUCCUUGGCAUUCUUCUCGAUCAGAGCCUCUCAUUCACGACGAUCUUCCACUCAUUCGUUGCACACCGACUCAACGCCGUCCAAUCUUUGAAUCCGGUCCAACAAGUGUUGAAGAAAUGGGCUCUCGGAAAGAAUCCGCAAAAAUGUUGACCAUUGAGGAACCACAAAAUGUGGUCGACAUUGAUGAACACGAUGAUGACGAAGAGGAUUUCGAUCAAACACCUAAAGAGUUGAUCUUGGUGCCGAAACGUCUCCGUUGCGCGGUCUCGUUUCGAGCUGAUGACACCGACAAAUGGGGUGCACAACAAAUGGACGCACAUGAGGAUUAUUCGUUGACGUUGAGGGAUCCAUCUGUUAAGGUGGAGCUUCUCGAGCGGUUGAACACCUUCCGCCGGAACAAGGAACUCUGCGAUGUUGUGCUUUUCGUCAAAGAACGCGAGAUUUAUGCGCAUAAGGUUGUGUUGGCGUCAGUCUCGCCGGCUCUCUGUGAUAUGUUUCUACGGGAUAACAGUGAACGGGCACGCUCUGGAUCGAAUGGCGGUGGCUCAACUCCUCCGGGUGUCUCCACUCCAACCUCCGGCGCUCCACCCCCACCCACAACAACCACAACCGUCAACGGCCAACAAAUGGCCUAUUUCGAGUUUGCUCAAACCGAUUACGAUUGUUUCCUCGCAUUGGUCAAUUAUGCUUACACCGCUUACCUCGAGAUCAGUAGCAAGAAGGUGGCCGAACUCUACAAGACAGCUUACGCUCUUCAAAUGACUCAUGUGGCGAAAGCUUGUGCCUCGUAUUUGGCUGAGAAUCUCUCCAUUCACAAUUGCAUUGGAAUCCGUCGUCAAGCCAACUUCAACAAAGAUACGAUUCUCGUUGACAAAGUCGACACGUACAUCACUGAGAAUUUCGCGCAAAUUGCUGAGGAAAGCUCCGAGUUUCCGCAAUUGUCCGUUGUCAAGACUCGUAUCAUCAUUCCACUUGACGAGAUGCAGAGUAAACGAUUUGGGCAAAGCUUGGCCGAGCGAACGCUGAAAUACUUUGAGAAUUAUAAAAGUCAACGAGGAGAGCACAAUAUUGAUCAAAUUGCGGCAAAGAGCCAUCUCCUCUACUUCGAGGCCGAUCACUUGGCUGAUUGUGCCGAUUUGGACGAUCGAUCGUCGGUCGGCAGCUGUGAUAUCAUUCAAGAUUAUAAGAAAAGCGGAAAGAAAACCGAUACGUCGCAACAGGCACUUGAGCUUCGAGCCGCUCCACCACAACACCGAGGCACUGGAGCGACAGCGGUACGACUGGACGCCUCGAGGGUUCCAAAUGACAAGUACGGCUCCACGGAAAGCCUUGACUCGGUGGGCAGCGGGGAAAGCGAUCCGGAGAACACGAUCAGCACGCGUCUCUUGGCCGUUCAUCAAACAUCUCCCGAUUACUGGAUGGCGUUGGUCAUUUUGUACCAUCGUCUCGUCGUUCUUUCCAUUCAAAUUACCGACGACGAGGAGCUGGGCGGAAAGAAUGGACCAAAGCAAAAUGGGAUCGAUGCUCAGAAGCAACACUUGUUGAACAAAUUGGUGUCAGCUGCAGGAGCACAGCGAAAACCGCUGCCGACAAUGGGCGGAGCAAGAGCCUCGACUGGAGCCGUUUUCCUUGAGGGGAAAAUUAUUGUCUGUGGUGGCUAUGAUCGUGGCGAGUGCUUGAAGAGUGUUGAGGAGUACGAUGUGGUGAAAGGAGCAUGGAAACAGUUGACACCAAUGAAUGAUGAAAGGGGACGAUUCGAUACAGCUGUCAUUAAGGGAAAGGUCUACGCGGUGGCCGGCUCAAACGGAAAUCACGAUCUGAAAACGAGUGAGGUGUUCGAUUCGAAAACUGGGAAAUGGAGUCCCAUCAAGAGUCUCCACAAAGCGAGAUCGCACAAUGGAUGUGCAGUGCUUGACGAUGUGCUGUACUGUGUCGGUGGAAGCAAUGAUCAAGUGGUGAUGAGGGACUGCGAAAAGUACGACGUGGACAGAGACGAAUGGACGGCAAUUCCACCAAUGGUCACCGGUCGAUAUCAAGCAGGCGUUGUUGCGUGGAAAGGGUUAUUAGUGGCUGUCGGUGGCUGUGAUCGAUGGGCAUGCAUUGACACGGUGGAAGCUUUCGAUCCAAAAGUCGGACAAUGGAGGGAAUUACCCAAAUUGAGGACACCGAGAAGGGGAUGUGCGGUGGCGGUGGUCAGAGAUAUCCUGUACAUCAUUGGUGGUCACGAUGGGACGAACUCGUUGUCAACAGUCGAGGUCCUCGAUCAUCCAAACGGUCAAUGGCGUGCCGGUCCGGUGUUGACGACGCCUCGAGCGAACACCCACGCCGUGGUUACCGCCGGCAAUGUAAUCUAUGUGAUUGGUGGAUUUAACGGAGUGCAAUUCCUCAACACUAUUGAGCUCCUGGAAAGUGAGAGUGUCGGCUGGUGCAACUAUCAGCAACAAUCGAUGGAUUUCACUUUAGCUGAAGAGGAAGAAGAGGGUGAUGGACUUGAAAGAGAUCGUUCACAGCAAAGAUCCACGGAGCAUUCACUCACUCCACCAACCACUCAACAAUCACAUCAAAUGACUCCUGUUAAGGCUAAA